CCAUCUCUAAGGAUACGGCGCCGCACAAUCAGCUGCUGCUGAUGCCGCCGCCACAGCCGGCCUCUCCAGCGUCUACACCUCACGUGCCCUAACCGACUCCUACCUAUCCGACCUGACCCUACGGUACCUUUCCGGGUCGGACCCUUCCGCCUCCCCCACCGACCACCAUAGCCGAAGUAGCUCUAUGUAUCUGGCGACGUCGCAUUUGAUGUCCCAGCGUUCCUGAUGUCGAGCCCGGCGUUCCCGGCGUCAAACGAACCUAAGAAGGUUCCACUUGUCGCUCCAAGUGAAUUCCUUUCAGAGAGACCUGGAGAGCCAGAUUGUCCAUACCUUAUAAAGACUCAAAGAUGCAAAUUUGGUAUGAGGUGCAAGUUCAAUCAUCCGAAGGACAAACUAGCUGCUGCUGUUGCUUCAGAAAAUUCUGAUGUUUUUGCCUUACCUGAGAGGCCUUCUGAACCCCCAUGCGCAUUCUACUUGAAAAUGGGGCAAUGUAAGUUUGGUGCAACCUGCAAAUUUCAUCAUCCGAAAGAUAUCCAGAUACCAUCAGCCCAGCAAGAGAAUAAAAUUGGAGAAAUUGGGACAACUAUUCAGCUAGAGGGAACUGGAUUUGCUGUGAAGCCUCCUGCACUAUCAUUUAACUCCAAGGAGCUUCCUGUAAGACCGGUUGAACCCGAAUGUCCAUUCUACCUGAAAACUGGAAGUUGCAAGUAUGGAGCCACUUGGGCAUGACUGAAGAGAACAGAAAAGGCACUAUGAGACAAUCUUGUUGCUGCCUCCACCACGCACUCAGUGCCGUUGGCAAUACCUCCUUUGGUGAGAAGAAGGCCACUCAGCUUACAACACUAGUUCUCCAAUUCUUGUUGCCCAAGGCUCAGAGCAUCAAUUGCAACUUUUACUUCAUCAGAGUGGGAUGACAUCCUUAUGCUAUGGAUGAUCCUUGCCCCAAAAAUGGCACACCAAAUUCCUCAACAAGUUAAGUAGGAAGUUUGUAAUUAGUAAUCUUACGGCAUGAAUUCUUAAUAAAGUACUGCAACAUAAAAAAGGGCCUUCAUGUGAUCCACGAAGACCUGAUAAUCAGCUUGAGUUGAAUUUUAUUGAGAAAAUUCUCAGUGCAGUCAGGACCCCAAAUCAGACCAAUGCCUUUCUCUAUAUUUAAAGAAAGACCAGGAGUGAUUGAGGGAUCCGACCACAUCACGUCACCAGGAAUCAAGUUGGGACCUUCCCAUGGAGCAUUACUACGACACUUCUUUCUCUUUGAUGAUCCUCUAUGGGAAGGUCCCAACUUGAUUCCUUGUGAUGUGAUGUGGUUGAUUCCUCAAUUACUCUUGGUCUUUCUCUAAAUAUAAAGAAAGGCGUUGGUCUGAUUUGGUGUCCUGACUGCACUGAGAAAUUUCUCAAUAAAUUUCAACUCAAGUUGAUUAUUAGAUCGCAUGAAGGCUCUGCACGGGAAAAUAGGACAUUACUGAUUACAAA